AUGCAAAACAUCUUAUCUUAAUAAUAACAAUUUUUUGAUUUGUUAGACAAAUAAGUGGAUGCCUAUAAGACAUUGCUUGAUCAAUUGAAUUCGAGUCAAGACAAAUUCAAUAAUUUACUUUAAGAUUAUUUGCUAAAAUUUCAAACGAUCAAUAAUAAACUAGUCUAAGGACGGCAAGAUUUUUCCUGCUCUUAAAUUCAAAUUAAAAGAAAUGAUGAGCUGUACACUCAUUCUCAAUUACAUAUAUAAUUCAAUUUAAGAUCUGUAACUCUAUUUUUUUUAAGUAUUUAGUUACUGGAGAAGCAAUAUAAAUACAAACUUACCUUAGCAGAUGCCCUAGAAACUCCACUUUAUCGAGACCGUAUCUUUCAAUUGAGAGUUGAAUUGAAAAACAAAAGUGGCGACCUCGUUAAAAACCCUAAUAAAAUCGAACUAGUUGUUGCAAUCUAUUCAUAAGAACAAUAUCCCAAGGAAAUCAAAGUUAAUAAUAAAGGAGAACAGAUAUUGAAAGGUCACUUGUGUGUGCCUCUUAUCAAAGGAACUGCCUUCUUUACGAGAGUCCAAAUUAGGGAAGUAUCUUCCCAUUAUUAAAAUGGAUCCAUCAUUUUGGCUAUUCUACCCUAAUUCAAAUCAAAUGAUGAACCCAUCAAUAGUAGGGAUGUUCAACCACUCAUCGUCGAGAAUAUUAAAGUUAAAGCAAAAAAAUUUUCAGAACGUCACAUUCCUGUAUAUGUAAAUUAAUGA